UCAGGGUGCUGCCACCCACAAAUGUGUCGGUAACCAUGAGAAAGAACCAGGAGUAUGAAAUGAGGUGGAUAAAACACACUUUUAAAUAUGUCCGUAUAAAACAGAGAUAUGAAGUCCAAUACUGGAAGGACAAUCAAUAUGAAAAGACUCUCCAGACGAUUGAUAUCAUCAACGAUGAGCCUUCCUUCAUCUUCACCCUCCAGAUGCUGGAAUCAUCUACAAAAUACAGGGGGAGAAUGCGCGCAAGGGUGAAUACUGAUGGCUACCACGGGCCUUGGAGUGAAUGGAGUGAGGAGUUUACCUGGGAAACUGAGAAUGUUCUGUCACCAGUGGUCCUCCCAGUGAUGCUCCCAGUUAUCAUCAUCACUUUGAUAAUAAUCACUCAUUGUGGCUAUAAAUAUUUUCUCAGGAAGAAGAAAAGCUGGGAGGAAAACAUUCCAAACCCCAGCAAGAGUCUCCUGAUCCAGAGCUACCUGCAGAAAGUACACCUAGGAAACUGGCUGACAAACAGUCAGCUAGACUUCAACAAAAACAACUUUUCUGAGAAGAUGAACCAGGCCAGUUUGCUUCAAGUCGUGGACAGGCAGAAAAACACUUUGACAGAGUCCCCCGAAUGGCAAGUUGAAAAGGCAGAGGUUUCUCAGAUUGCGUUGGAUCCACAGAACCUAUACCAUGCUUUAGAUGCGCCAGAGCAUGCACCAGUUGCCUGCCCAUCAAAUGAGAUGGCUUAUCCUUCCUUUCCUUUUUCAAGGGAGAACAGUGCUGAUGCAAACACUGCUUCCCAGGCAGCAAUCACUUGCUUUGAUUUCAAUGGGCCAUACUUGUACAGCCCAGUGAUCUCUUCACAGCCUGGUAUGCACCACGCCUUUCAAGCAGACCCAGCAGGAAUCCACRGGAAACCAGGGUCCCUUCACUACAUCAUGCUCCCAAAGGAAGCCUGUUCCCAGGCUCCACAGAGGCAGGCACAGCCAGGAGCACUUCCUCUGCAGCCCUSCUUGCUCCCACACCAGAGGGAAAUGAUGCAGCACCUCAGCAAUGGGGAGGAAAUUUCACUGGACCAUGGGAAAUGCAUGCAU